CCACCAUUUCCCUACUAGAUACCUCUCCCCCAUAACCCCCUGCAACUCCCUCAAAAUGGCUGCUGCAAUUCAAACCGUCUCCGAGAGCAAGGAGCUGCGGGGUCUGAACCUCAUUGCGGCGCAUUCCCAUAUUCGGGGCCUUGGGGUCGACCCAGAGACCCUGGAGCCACGCGCUUCAUCACAAGGCUUGGUCGGGCAAGAGAAGGCGCGCAAAGCAGCAGCGGUUAUCUUGCAGAUGGUAAAAGAGGGCAAGAUUGCUGGUCGAGCUCUUCUGAUCGCUGGCCCUCCAAGCACCGGAAAGACAGCAAUUGCAAUGGGCAUGGCGCAAUCGCUGGGGCCAGACGUGCCCUUCACAAUGCUUGCCUCGUCUGAAAUAUUCUCUCUGGAAAUGUCCAAGACCGAAGCUCUUAACCAAGCAUUCCGGAAAUCGAUUGCUGUACGGAUCAAGGAGGAAAGCGAAAUGAUCGAGGGCGAAGUCGUGGAGAUACAAACCGAUAGGAGUGUGACUGGGGGGAUGAAGCAGGGCAAGCUUACGAUCAAGACGACCGAUAUGGAAUCGGUCUACGAUAUGGGAGCCAAGAUGAUAGAUGCGAUGACAAAAGAGCGUGUCAUGGCUGGAGACAUUAUCUCGAUCGACAAGUCAUCAGGAAAGAUCAGCAAGUUGGGACGGUCAUACGCAAAGUCACGCGAUUACGAUGCGAUGGGUGUGGAUACGAAAUUCUUACAAUGCCCAGACGGAGAUCUGCAGAAGCGCAGGGAGGUGGUCCACACGGUCAGUCUGCACGAAAUUGAUGUCAUCAAUUCAAGGACGCAAGGCUUCCUGGCCCUUUUCUCUGGAGAUACCGGUGAGAUCAGGAGUGAGGUGAGAGACCAGAUCAAUACCAAGGUGGCCGAGUGGAAAGAGGAGGGCAAGGCCCAAAUUGUUCCUGGUGUGCUCUUCAUCGAUGAAGUGCACAUGCUGGACCUCGAGUGCUUCUCAUACAUCAACCGUGCACUAGAGGAUGAGCUUGCGCCUAUCGUCAUUAUGGCAAGCAAUCGCGGUAACUCGAGGAUUCGAGGUACCAACUACAGAAGCCCUCACGGUCUUCCCCUCGACUUCCUAGACCGAGUCGUCAUCGUCAGCACGCAUCCAUACCAGAAAGAGGAGAUUCAGCAAAUUUUGGCUAUUCGCGCACAAGAAGAGGAGGUUGACGUGACCCCGGACGCAUUGGCGCUAUUGACGAAGAUCGGCCAAGAAGCCGGCCUUCGAUAUGCCAGCAACCUAAUCACGACCUCACAGCUGAUUAGCGCUAAGCGGAAAUCCAAACAGGUCUCUAUCGAAGACGUUCAACGCAGUUUCCACCUCUUCUACGACUCGGGGCGGAGCGUGAAAUUUGUUGCGGAAUUCGAGAAACGACUGAUUGGCGAAGCUGGCGUUGUCGAUCUGUCUGUUGCGAAUGGGGGUGGAGGUGCUGAUGCUAUGGAGCUCUCGUAAAUUUCCUUUUUUUGAUGGCGUUGGGCGAUCUCACUUGCGGUGGCAGUGAGCAAAAUGGCUAGAACAUAUUGUAUAACUAGGAAAAAUGGCGUCGAGGCAGAAUGAGCGGACAAUUCAUAAGUAACCCGGAUCCUUCCCAGAAUUCCUCUGAUUCUGGCAACUGAGCACGUGUACAAAGUCCAAACAAACUUCCUCAUAUCCUACACAUCCAGAACAAAACAGUAUCGAAGCC